UUUUAAAAACAGAUUUCAACACAUUUCUACCACGUGUUUGAAAGAGAAUGUAAUUCUGAGCUCAUAGUUGGACCCUUGUAGUGUGACUUUUGGGCUUGCUUUUUCAGCAGUUAAAACAAGGAAGACAACACCGUGUUCAAGUGCACAGAAGAAAAUGUCUUUUCCUGGUAGGAGUUCCCUGCUUUCAUCCCUGAUUUGUGCAGCAUGGGUGAUCGCAAUUCUCGCUGAGGGACAACAAAUCAAACAACCAGAAGUGGCUACCAAAUAUGGGCGACUGAAAGGAAAAUGGGUUGCUGUCAAGGGAACUGACAGACUUACAAAUGUGUUUCUUGGAAUUCCUUUUGCAAAACCACCUGUGGGAGCCCUGAGAUUUUCCCCACCACAACCAGUUGAACCGUGGAUCAGUGUGAGAGACGCAACUUCUUUUCCACCAGUGUGCUUACAAGACCAGACGAUGCUGAAAAAAUUUGAAGAACUUUUUCCAACUAAACAAGUUAACUUCUCAAUUUCUGAAGACUGUUUGUACCUGAAUAUUUAUACCCCUGCCCAUUCCAAUGAGAGAGCCAAGUUACCUGUUAUGGUGUGGAUCCAUGGAGGAGGUCUGUUGAUGGGUGGAGCUUCAAUGUUUGAUGGGUCUGCAUUAUCUGCCUAUGAGAAUUUGGUGGUGGUAACCAUACAAUAUCGAUUAGGUAUCACUGGAUUCUUUAGUACUGGUGAUGAACAUGCUCGUGGAAACUGGGGCUUUUUGGAUCAAGUGGCAGCUCUCCAGUGGAUUCAAGAGAAUAUCAAACAUUUUGGAGGAGAUCCAGGAUCUGUCACUAUAUUUGGAGAGUCUGCAGGAGGAGUCAGCGUUUCUGUCCUUGUUCUAUCUCCAUUGGCCAAGGGCUUGUUCCAUAAAGCCAUCUCUGAGAGUGGAGUUGCACUUCUUUCUGCCAUGUUCAGUUCACAUCCUGAAGUGAUUGCUAAGGUAGUCGCUAACAUAACUGGCUGCGACUCCUCCAGUUCGGCUGCCAUGGUUCAUUGCCUAAGGAAGAAACCAGAAGAAGAAAUGAUUUUUAACUUUCAACAACAACAGCAAGUCGGAGUUAUCCCAGCAGUUAUAGAUGGUGUGUUUAUUCAGAAGAACCCUGAAGAGCUAAUGGCUGGCAAAGACUUCAGUGCUGUCCCAUAUAUAAUAGGAAUAAAUAAUCAUGAAUAUGGUUGGCUGCUUCCUUUCUUAUCCGACAUACCUGGCUUGAAGGAGGGGAUGCAUAAAGAAACCAUCCUCUCUACAUUACAACUGCUGCGUCCGCUCUUGUCUGUGCCAGCUGAAUUUGUGUCUCUGAUAACAGAUGAGUAUCUGGGAGACACAGACGACCCUGUCGCCCUGCGGGACCGGUUUCUGGAUUUGAUGGGAGAUGCAAUCUUUUUAGUUCCAGCUAUAAAAACAUCCAAUUAUCACAGAGCGUCUGGAUCUCCUGUCUACUUUUACGAAUUCCAACAUCGUCCAAGUUCAGCAAGUUUCAAACCUGAUUAUGUAAAAGCGGAUCAUGGAGAUGAAAUUAGUUUUGUCUUUGGAGGGGCAUUUGUUACUGAUGAGACGUCACUGACUGCUUCCAGAGAUGCUACAGAGGAAGAGAAACACCUCAGCAUGACAAUAAUGAAAUAUUGGGCUAACUUUGCUCGAAAUGGAAAUCCUAAUGGCGAAGGUUUGGUGGAAUGGCCGGUGUAUGACAUGAAUGAACAAUACCUGGAGUUGAACUUACAGCAGAAGGAAGCAAAGAAACUGAAAGGGAACAGAGUUGAGUUCUGGACAAAGACUCUGCCUGAAAAAAUCAAGAAAAUGAAGGAAAAGAAAGAGCAUGCAGAAUUAUAAUUCAUAAUCUGUGGGGGAGAAAGGGCAUGUGUGUGUGUGUCACAAAAUAAAAUCAGAUACAAUUGGUUUAAA